AUGAAGCUUCCCAUUUUCGGCCGCUCAUCUCAGGAGCACAUGGAUAAACCAGCAAAGUCACGGACGUAUAAAAUUCUCUUUCGAAAAUGGCCCCGUCCAGCGAGGCUAGCAACUUGGUGGUUGAUGGUUCUUGAGUUGCUCGGAGUUGUGCCCGCCCUGGUCAUCUUUGGCAUCUCUCAACCUGAUCUCUACCGAAGCGAUAUGUGGAGGAUUGGUUGGGAGCAUGAUCCUCCGCUCAAUUCAAACCCUGCCAUGAUUCUUUACGCAUAUGCCAACCAUCGACCUCUGCCCAAGGUUGCCCUGGUCUGGACAAGAACGUUUACCGACUUCAAUGUGGCCAUCUCGGUCAUCUCGCUCUUCUUCCUUCUCGGCAAGCUCACAGCUUUUAUCAUGAGAUGCUGGUACCCGAUCUUUGCCACUUUCAUCAACGUGAGCUUGGUCGCUCUCUACACUGUCAGCACCUACGGAACUAUCGGACCCGACUUUGCCGACCCACGAUAUCCUGCACCCGUAGCCUGGUACUACCGUAUUGGGUGCGACAUCUCAAAGCGUUAUGGAAAGUACAGCAGCUGCAUGAUUGCCAAAUACUCACUUGUGGUGUGUGUAUACAUGCUCGUUGUUUAUCUAUGCAACCUCGGCUUCUCAAUCUACGCCCUGCUUCCUAAUAAGAUUAACGAUAUUUCUGACGAUGAUGAAGAAGAAGAGGGAUCCACGACUUCGGAGCCGAAAGAGAGAGGUGUCUGGGAAAUGCACAAUAUGAAGACAGCUGAUGCUCAAGCGAUGCCAUACACUCCCCGAACACAAGCGUUCCACACUUUGGAUCGCCAGCUGCCACUACGGGCACAACAGACCAGAUACAGAUGA